CCUAAAAUCUGUGUUCUUCCUCCUGAAACCGAAUCCUCCAGCUGCGGCGUCCCAGGCGCCCGCCCCUCGCCCGCCGCGUCUCCUGGCGUCCCUGCCCUCGCCCUGCGCUGUCCGCGCGCCUCCAGCCCGCGGUCCCCAGCGCCUCCGACCCGACCCCUCGCCCUGAAGAUGAAGAUUUGGUUGCUGCUGGGUCUUCUGCUGAUACAUGAAGCCCUGGAGGAUGUUACUGGCCAACAUCCUCCCAAGAACAAGCGUCCAAAGGAGCCAGGAGAGAACAGGAUCAAGCCUACCAACAAAAAGGUGAAGCCCAAAAUUCCUAAGAUAAAGGACAGGGACUCUGCUGAUCCAACACCAAAGACACAGUCUAUAAUGACUCAACUGAUGGAUAAAGGUCGCUUCCAGAAACCCGCUGCUACCCUGAGCCUGAUGGCAGGGCAAACUCUGGAGCUUCGAUGUAAAGGGAAUAAAAUCGGAUGGAGCUAUCCUGCAUACCUCGACACCUUCAAGGACACCCGCCUCAGUGUGAAGCAGCAUGAACGCUACGGCCAACUGACCCUGGUCAACUCCACCGCGGCCGACACGGGUGAGUUCAGCUGCUGGGGACAGCUCUGCACCGGCUAUGUCUGCAGGAGGGACGAGGCCAAGACGGGCUCCACCUACAUCUUCUUCACAGAGAAAGGUGAACUCUUCGUACCUUCUCCCAGUCACUUUGAUGUCGUCUACCUGAACCCAGACAGGCAGGCUGUGGUUCCUUGCCGAGUGACCGUCCUGUCGGCUAAGGUCACCCUCCACAGGGAGUUCCCGGCCAAGGAGAUCCCGGCCAACGGAACUGACAUCGUUUACGACCUGAAGAGAGGCUUUGUGUAUCUGCAGCCGCACUCCGGCCACCAGGGGGUGGUCUACUGCAAGGCGGAGGCGGGGGGCAAGUCUCAGAUCUCCGUCAAGUACCAGCUGCUCUACGCAGAGGUUCCCAGGGGCCCUCCAUCAACGACCAUCUUGGCAUCCUCGAACAAGGUGAAGGGCGGGGAUGAUCUGAGCGUCCUUUGCACAGUCCUGGGGGAGCCAGAUGUGGAGGUGGAAUUCAGGUGGACCUACCCAGGGCAGAAGGAUGAAAGGCCCGUGACGAUUCAGGACUCCUGGCGGCUGAUCCACAGAGGACUUGGGCACACCACAAGGAUCUCCCAGAGUGUCCUGAGCAUUGAAGACUUUGAGACCAUUGACGCAGGUUAUUACAUUUGCACUGCUCAGAAUCUCCAAGGACAGACCACAGUAGCCACCACUGUGGAGUCUUCCUGACUUGGAAGAUGAAGUAUAAAUGAACUGAUGGAAAGCCCACUGGGGUGCACAGCCAGCUCCAGGGUUCUUUGUCUUUGCCAGGGCCAAACCCCAGGCCCUGCCUUGUGAGUCAGACCCAGACCUCCAAACUAAAAGGAAGUCAUUGGUCUAAUUUUAGAAGUGUUAACUCUCCUAGCAGAAAGCAUGUAUUCUGACUGCUGACCUACGUAUAUGCAUUUCUAGUGUUUCUACUCAGAAGGCAUAUAUGUAAACAACUUUAUAUAAUCAUUUUCUAUUAAAGGAGCAAGUUUUUGUAAAAAGUAAAAAAAAAAAACAAGGGCUAAGUGCUCGUUGUUUUUAGUCGGUUUGAAGUACAUCCAGAAGCACUCAUUGGCAGCAAUGUUUGAGUCAAUACCUAAUAUUCCCUUUGGUAUCAUAACCACACUAUGAGAGUCUAAAAAUGUAGUGAUUUUAUAUAUAUAGUUCAACUAUACAUGAACUAUUGUAUGAUAUAAAGUAUCAAAAAAUAUAUACUUUUUUUUAAAAACUGCUGCACUCAGAAUGACUAGUUCUAGAUUAGACAUUUAGUAAGAACAACAGCAUUUUGUUGUUGUUGUUUUAAAGAUUGUUUAUAUAGGUUGUACUGGGUCUUCAUUGCUGCCCGUGGGCCUUCUCUAGUUGCGGGGAGCGGAGGCUGCUGUUCAUUGCACUGCACUGACUUCUUGUUGCGGUGGUUUCCCUCUCUCACUGCGGAGCACAGGCUCUGGGCGCGUGGGCUUCAGUAGUUGCAGCUUACAGGCUCUAGAGCCCUGGCUCAGCAGUUGUGGUGCACAGGCUUAGCUGCUCUGCGGCAUGUGGGAUCUUCCCCAAACAGGUAUCCAAACAGUGUCCCUUGCAUUGCAAGGUGGAUUCUUAACUACUGGACCAUCAAGGAAGCCCAGCAUGUGUUUUUAAAUCCUUAAUGUUCAAUAUAAAAUUGAUGCACAGGUUAAGGAAGAUUCCACUUUGUUUAGGCUUAUUUUUACCAUCUUCAAAAUAGGUAGACUGUGGCUGUUCCAAGUUUCUUAUACAGCAGAAAUUAUUAUUAAAACCAGUAAAAGUUGAUUAUGUCUCAAAUACCCAUAGCUUUGAAUUUAGAAAAUCUUGAGGUCUAGCUCUGGGAGCUAAAUUUCAGCUCAUGUCCAAUUUUGUGGUUGCAAUGGAAAUUCCUAGGAAAUAGGUUAAGAGGAGACAAUCCCUAUGGUUCAAACUAGAUAACACUUUGGAGAGUGAACUAUGUCAGAGGAUGCAACCCUUAUAUUGAAUAUUCCAGCAUUAUUUAUUUAAGUAAAAUAUUUUCCAUCACUCCAAACUGAGCACAACUAUGGCUGUUUCCACACUCCUAUUUUUAUGAUGUGCCAACAUUUUGCAUCCUAAGUGGUAACAUUGUUUUCAAGAUAAUGUUAAAGUUCUGUUUUGUUUCCUCUCUCAUCAUCUCCCAUUCUCUGAAGAUGUUUUGUGUUAACUGUGUCAGAAUGAUUACUCCAGAACCUAAAUGGCAUGGAGGACACAGGGAACAGCACAACAUUUACCACGUGCAGGGAAUGGAUGGCAAGCCCCGCUUUGGCUAAUGAUGCUGAGGACAGCUGGAAAGUGAGCAGAGAGAGAUUCCAGGAGGUGGCAGUGAACCUACGUUCCCAUGUAU